AUCAAAUUGACAUUUGACAAUUAAAAUAUGGCUUCCAACAAAACACUAGUAAAAAUGUUAUAAAAAUGUUUUUAUUCCCAGUUUAUUUUUUAAUUUUAGUUAUAGAUAGUGUAAAAUGUAAGUCAUUAACCGUAACUAAAAACUAUGCCGAAGCUUUCUACCCUGUAGCAGGGGUAGUCGAAGAAAAGGUGGGCACUACCUUUUCUCUAAUAUGCGAGCUCGAAUCUAAAGAGGAGCGAAAUGCCGUCGAUGAUCACCUAAUUUGGAUCAAGAAGGAAGUUCUAUCGAAUCAAACGAGAUUGCAAAAAAACAUACCGAGCAUACCGGGUAUAAACAAAUCCGUGAAGCGCUUCGAUCCUCUGCGGGCAGAGGAUAAAGGUCUCUACGUUUGCAUUAGCCACAAAUUCAAUCUCACUACGAAUGUAACCGUCCUGUUAAUUGACAAUAUCAAGAGAAACGAACUGAGACCUAUGAGGGAAAAGUUCUUCUGCACCGAUCAAAUGUUCCAAUGUGUCUCGAAUGGCGUUUGUAUCAUUCCCCAUUAUGUAUGUGAUGGCAAACCGGACUGUAAAGACGCAUCUGAUGAAUCUCGUGAACAAUGCAAUGGAGAACCUUGCAGAGAUAAAAUACCUUGUGAUGAUGGAAGGUGCAUUCCUAGUAGCUGGUGUUGUAACAGACUCCAUGACCCUAAUUGCACGGUAACAAAUAGACCUAAAUGCUGUCAACCUCCAAUUAUACCCGAUUCAUACGAAGAAAUGGAAUACGGAUACCCGAAUAUUAACCACAACAAUCAUAAUGGUGCUCGAUAUUUAUUCAUAUCAGUUUGUAUUAUCAGCAUACUCUUUUCGAUUGUAUUGCUCUUACUAAUUAUAUCGAAAGUGAUGAUUUUCGCUAAAAAGAGCUCACUGCAGCAACAACGGCACAAUUUAUGCGAAAAUAUCGCGCUGCGGAAUCAAACGAAUGUAAACAUAAUCAGGGCUGAUUUCGCCCCGAGUGGUAUAUACACUGUGAGAAAUAAUUCCCGCACGCCCCGCUCAAAUAUCAUCAUUGACACGUCUGAAGUCAGCGAUCCGCUUCUGUACUCCCCGGCUCGAUUCAAUAUCGAUAAUUUUAGAGGGUACUCAGAUCAACCUCCUUCGUAUGUUGAUGUUUUAAGAAACAACAGAUUAAUAAGCGAACCACCACCUCCUUAUACUAGUAGAGAAAUUCUCAAUUGCAAUGAAGAAAGGCAGGAGAGGAGAUGAUGGUUUGGUUUGUAAUUUUUUCGGUUCUAACGUUCUCUCGAACUACUAUUUGAGUACUAAUUAGUUGCGUGAUUAACAUUGGUAAGUUUUUUAUGGAUUAUGAUUACAAGCUUUGUCAUUUUAUGUAAGUAAACUAUCAGUUAUAGCGAUGUACUAAGUGACAAAUCCUGUACGGUAAUAUCUGCAGUUUUUCGUGUAAAAAAAUAAUGAGUGUAAUGAUAUAAUUUGUUCCGGAGUCGUUAUGGAGAUGUAACGAAAACAUAAUAAAAUUGUUUUAGGUUUUAAAUAAUAAUUUUGGAAUUUGUUUUAAAAUGCUAGGGUAUCCAUAAAAAUUAGUAUGAUUUUUUUUAAUAUUCAGUUGGCUUUAUUAUAUUUACAAAAAUUUCGUAUUGAAAUUAUUGUAUAACCCAAUAAAAUGUCACUGGGUGAAUGAGAAUCGAUUUGACCAAUUUUUUGUCUUUAUAGUAAAGACUUUAUGGCCUCAACAUAAAUGUAUGUACUUCACUUGUUAAAUUCGAGUGUUAUCACUUUUUAAUCUGUUGAGAGUAUUUUAAAUAGAUCUUUUACAAACAAAUCAUUAUUAUCGUUAAGUUAUCGAAUGAAUAAGGUUAUUAUCAUUCUGUAACUAUAUUUUAAAUAUUAAGCAAUAACAUCGUUAAGUUUAUACAAAUUAAUUUUCAAGUAUUACUCAUCCUACUCUUAGAAUCUUGCCCACAUAUCUUAAAUAUAUCAAAAUACAUUUUGCACAUUUUUUAAACACACUUGUUUAUCAGUGAUUAGUACAAGAACUGUGAUUAGAAGUUAAUGAAAAAGAUUGUGCAAAAUUAAUUAUACUCCUUAAUGAAAUUUACAUAUGAUUACGACAAUAACUUAUUCGUACUAUAAAUUCGUAUUUUUUAGACUGAUUAUUUUUUUAAGUGACCGCUUAUUGUAAAAUUAAAAUAU